CCGCCCCUUUUAUCUCUUGCGACUGGCGAGCGACGGAGCGACCGAGCCAGAGAGGAGAGACUACCUUCAGGCUUCAAUGGCGACGAAUCUGCUUUCUCUUUCCUCUUCGACGCCGACGGCAGACGGACACGGACUACAGGCGGCACCGCGGCAGUGGCACUCGCCACUCGGCUCCUUCUCUUCGACGCCGACGGACUCGCAGACUCGCAGUCUUGCUUGCACAGUCAGUUAGUGCAAAUCUCUAAACAACAAUUACAGAUGAUGAGAGAUAAUGGAUGGAAUUCAUUACUGGAAGAAGUAUCUCGUUUUUGCAAUGUUUUUGAAGUUGAUGUUCCUGUUAUGAGUUCUACAUUUAAAGCUCGUCGACGAUCAGCACGCAGAAUUGAUGACGUGACAAAUUUGCAUCAUUAUCGUGUGGAAUUCUUUUACACUAUCAUUGAUAUGCAACUUCAAGAGCUGAAUAAUAGAUUUUCUGAAACUAGUACUGAAUUGCUUCUUUGUAUGUCAUGUCUAAAUCCAAGUAACUCAUUCUCUGCUUAUAAUAAGGAGAAAUUAAUUCGGCUUGCAGAACUAUAUUCAGACGAUUUUUCUAUAGUUGAACUUGUGGCUUUAGAGCACCAGCUAUCGACAUACAUUCUUGAUAUGCGUACAAGCGAGGAGUUCUCAUCUUUGGAGAGCAUUGCUGAUCUAGCAAAACAAUUUGUUAAGGUUAAAAAAGAUAUCGUGUACCCCUUAGUUCACCGGCUUCUUGUUUUAGCAUUAACUUUGCCUGUUGCCACCGCUACAGUGGAGAGAGCAUUUUCAGCAAUGAAAAUUGUUAAACAUAGGUUACGCAGUAAAAUGGGUGAUGAUUGGCUCAACGACUGCCUGGUGCUAUUUAUUGAGAAAGAAAUAUUUGAUUUGGUUCCAAAUGAAGUUGUAAUACAACAUUAUCAGAAGAUGCAAAAUAGAAUGCAAGGCUUAUAA